AUGCAUCUUGCAGACUCGUCACACAACUCUCCCACUAAGAAACCAGGGGAAGAAUCCACCUUCGCCGCGGAGCAUAAAGAAGAUGUGGCUGAGAUAUUCGACGAGGUCAUUUCAUACGGACCGCCUGGCUUCAAGGGCGUGUUCGCAUCUCGAUUUGUCACUUACUGUGCUGCGUUUGCGGCCCUCGGAGGGUUCUUGUUUGGCUAUGACCAAGGCGGCAAAGAGUUCCUGGAUCGCUUUCCCGAGGUGUCAGAUGAUGCAGCAGGUUCAGGUUUCAAGAAGGGCCUGAUAACUGCUAUGAUUCCUCUUGGUGCUUUUAUCGGAGCUCUCAAUAUGGGCUGGCUUGCCGACUGGAUCUCCCGAAAACGAUCUCUGAUGGUUGCCGUGGUCAUAUUUAUUGUAGGAUCCUCGAUUCAGACCGCAGCGAUCAACUACGAUAUCCUCACUGCCGGGCGCUUCUUUGGCGGAGUCGGGAUUGGAAUGCUUUCGAUGGUUGUGCCUGUCUAUAUCUCCGAGAUCUCACCUCCAGAGAUUCGCGGAACACUUCUGGUUUUCGAAGAACUGUCAAUUGUCAUGGGAAUUAUUGUCGCCUUUUGGAUCACGUACGCGACCAAAGACAUUCCGAAUCAUUGGUCAUGGCAGUGUCCCUUCCUCAUUCAAAUCAUCCCUGGAGUUUUGUUGGGCAUUGGUGCGAUCUUUCUGCCAUACUCGCCCCGGUGGCUUGCCUCCAAAGAUCGACACGAGGAGUCACUGGCUACAUUAGCCAGACUCAGAGGUCUCCCGCAAGAAGACCCCCGUGUCCGUCGGGAAUGGACCGACAUCGUUGCCGAAGCUCGUUUCCAAGCCAUGGUAUUGAAAGAGCGGCACCCAAGGCUUACAGCAAGCCCGGCUAUUUCAGAUAAGAUCAAACUGGAGGUUGUGUCCUGGACAGACUGCUUCAAAACCGGAUGUUGGCACCGUACUCAUGUCGGAGUUUGCAUUCAAGCAUGGCAACAAUGGGUUGGAAUCAAUGCGCUCAUAUACUACAGCCCCACGUUGUUUGCAACCAUAGGUCUAGACUAUAACAUGCAGCUUCUCAUGUCUGGCGCUCUGAACUGCGUUCAGCUCAUAGGAGUCCUGAGCAGUCUUUGGACACUGGACCGAUUCGGAAGAAGGAACAUCCUCCUGCUUGGUAGCGUCUGCAUGUGUCUCUCCCAUAUAGUUAUCGCUAUCCUUGUGGGGAAGUUCUCCCACGAUUGGCCGAGCUAUGUUACAGAGGGUUGGGUCAGCGUGGCGUUCUUGUUUGCGUUCAUGCUGAGCUUCGGCUCCUCAUGGGGACCAAUUCCAUGGGCAUUGCCAUCUGAAGUCUUCCCCUCUUCUCUCCGAGCCAAAGGCGUUGCGAUUUCGACUUGUGGUAGCUGGCUAUGGAAUUUUAUCAUAGGUCUCAUUACGCCUCCCUUGAUUAAGGGAACUGGGUUUGGGACAUAUGUGUUCUUUGCGACAUUCUGCCUUGGCUCUCUGCUUUGGACCUACUUCUGCGUGCCGGAGACAAAUGGUAGAACCCUUGAAGAAAUGGAUAAGGUCUUUCAUGACCGCACGGGAGCUUCUGAUAUAGAGAUAAAAAACCGAAUUCUUCAAGAGUUCAUAGAAGAGCAGAGGGGAUCUGGCCUGAGACAGGACAUCUGA